UUUCCGAGCAGCUCUUUUCAACUAAAAGACGUUGCUGCUUCGGCAGGCCAUGGGUGCAGAGGGUGCAAAUUCCUGGUCCUUCUAUUGUCAGCAAUGUUCGAGGCCUACCCGGAACCAGGCCCGGCUGAGGCGUAUCUCAGAUGGGCCGGAGCACAAUUCACGUUCGAGGUGAUGCUGAAAAACGAGAAUCUCCGACGGAUUCAAUUUUUUUAUCCUAGAGGCGCAAAGAUGAGAGUUGUCGGCAUGCCUCCAUCAGGCAUUAUAACCGGAGAUACAUCUUCCUCCACGUCUUUCAAUCGAGCAUACAAGCUUAUACAGCAAUGUGAAUCUAGUCACCAUAAGUGUGGCUCUGGGCGGAACGUGGCCCUUCCUAAAAGACUCCUCCAUAUACCUGAAAUCAACAACAAUCACUCUACUGCUGGUUCCGGAAUCAAACUAGUAACGACUGAAGGUAUGACGGGAACAUAUGCCUGCCUGUCCCACUGCUGGGGCGAUCCAACGUUGAUACAGUCGAAAACAUUGACAUCAACCAUUGAUGAAUACCGCGACUCGAUCUCGUGGGGGAAAUUGCCCAGGACAUUUCAAGACGCAGUGACUCUAUGUCGAAAUCUGUGUAUAGAAUAUCUUUGGAUCGACUCGCUUUGCAUUAUCCAAGAUUCUCUCAGCGAUUGGGAAGUGGAAUCCACCAAGAUGGGGGAUAUUUACCGCAACAGUUACAUCACCAUAGCGGCAUCGGCAUCUCCUGGGUCUUUUGGCGGAUGCUUCUCUAAGACGACCCCGGAUCACUGUAUAGCGAUAAAGGAGGCGACGCAGCGAGAUGUAUAUAUCGGUAUUCGGGAUUGUCACGGCGCUGGAAAGAAUAAUACAAGCACGAAUGAGCAAGUCUUCCUCAACCAUUUCCCUUUAUUCAGCCGUGCAUGGGUCUAUCAAGAACGGAUGCUGUCCCGACGGAUUCUCUACUGCAAUAAGUCAGAGUUACAAGUUGGAUGUGAGCAGAAUCUCCAAUGCGAGUGUGGCUCCAGCCGAGUGGCACCGCAUUUCGUUCCAGCCCCAAGAGGCCUGAAUGUUGGGAGGCUAAAGGGGCCGGCAGAGUUGACGCCGUACGGGCAUGGCGGCGGCCUUGUCGACCAGGACAUUGCAAACAUUGCCUAUCGUAACUGGACCGAAGUCGUCGAGACGUAUGCGAAGCUCAAUCUGACCAAGGGAUCCGACAAGCUUCCCGCGCUUUCCGCAACUGCAAGGAUUCUUGCCAAGAACCUGGGCGGCGAUUACUUGGCAGGUAUUUGGCGGAGCACAUUGAUGGAGGGAUUGCUAUGGUAUGUGAGGGCGCCACUCUCAAAGCCUCGGCCGCGAGGUGAUGCCUGGAGAGCGCCUUCUUGGUCGUGGGCUAGCAUUGAUUCGCCAUCUGGGCUGGUCUUUGUCAACCCCAGGAUGAAGUUAUCAAGCUCCUUUGAGGGAAAAAUCGAAGCUGCAGUGUGCGUCCUCGCUGGGCAAGAUGACUUUGGCCGGGUAGCCUCUGGCUUUAUCCGUCUCAAAGCCUCUCUGGGGCGCACGUUCUGGCGUAUUCGCUGUCGAGGAUGUACCACACCGGCCCGGAGGAGCCGCGGAGGAGGCCUUCCACGCUCAGACUAUACAUUAUACACGAACGGAAGUAAUCCUGCUCCGCAACAAGACUGGCUGCCUUGCGAAUUCUCAGAGCCACGGCUGGACCUGAUGGGCGCAAGCAUUGGCUUCUCUGCCGAUGCCUUGGUCGAUGAUACGGCACGAUACGGGUUCUUCUCAUGCAUUGGCAAAGGAAUGUGCAAGCUGGCUCCGUGCCAUCUACUACACAUACCUCGUUUUGAAGCACAGAGAAAGCAAAGAACAGGUACGGGCGCGUGGAGGGUCAAUGCAGAUGCCUUUCUGGCGCUGACGGAAGUCAAGGGACAGCCCGAGACUUUUGAAAGACUCGGCCUAGUGACCAUCACGCACGAUACACAGGCAAAGAAAGAAGAGUGGUUCAAGACGGUUUGGCCUGGGAUUUUAUCACCGGAGAAGACAAUCACACUAGUCUAA